AAAUCCGGAAGUCUGUCCUGUAUAAAAGAUACCAAGAACAAAGGGCUGUGCUCAGCUUUUGGAGAAGAUUCUGCUUAGCCCACACUGGUGCUGUACACACCUUGCUCUCCUGCAUCACCAAGGGCUGCUUGUCUCUUUCCACUGUCAUAAUUUUCUAUAUUUUUAUCACGUAUUUUGGUGCAUUGGCUGGGAAACGGACAACAGAGCUGGCACUUUGUGCCAGCAUUGUUGGAGAACUGAAAAAAAGCCAUGGCCACCAUCCUGGAGACAGCCAGAUAGGUUCCACCUGGAUGAUUGCUGGAUCCUGACUCUGACUCAAGGUGUUCUGGCCCUGGCUCUCACUUCCUCCCCAGCAGACUCAGAAGGAGAACCAAAGCAGAUUUCAGAACAGGACAUCAGACUGUAACAGGAGUAGAAGCCUGGAUCCACCUCUCCAGAGCCAAACCUGCUGGUCCAACUGAGGAUCAGGGGAGAUCAAGGACAGUCCUUAUCCAGAAAGACCCCUGCGCCUGACAGUACAGAGAAGGAGACGACGAUCCCAAGGCCUUGCUCUGGCCACACCGGAAGCUGGUCAGUCAACGCACGGCUGAAGCCUGAGGAGUCAACAUCCUGGUGAAAACACGAACAGUUUUUUUUUUUCUCUACAAAUAUUUCCUUACUAAAACCUGCCUUCCUUUUCACACCAUGUAUGCUUAUUGCUAUUGUUUGCUGUUAUUCAUCUGGUCCCCCACAGUCCUGCCAGAUUCCCCCUCCUCAUGUGACCCAUGUAUCCAAGUAACUCUAUCCCACCAGGGAGUUGCAUGGACCUUCCUCUAUUCCACACAUUUCUCCUGCCCAGGAGAAAUUCAGGAGGGUUGUAUUCAUAACGGAACUAUGUAUUCCAUUUGUAAACAUGGGGACCAAUAUACAUGCUUUGACCCACAAUACUCACCAAAUGAGGAGUGGUUAGAGGUGCGGCGCCGUUACAUGAAAGGGCCUCUAAUCACUCAAACGCUAAUCACCAACCCGAAGUUACCAGUAUCAGUUCUCUUUGAUGCCUGUGAAGCUAUGGAUGGAUCUUGGUUGCAGGAGGGGGCAACACCCUGUGGAAGCCUAUCAUGGGAACGAUCAUACAGGCUUCAAGAUAAAUAUAUGUGUGAGCAACACACAUCCUUCUGGGCCAGAUGCAGGGCUAUGGAUGAAUUCUAUUGUCCCUAUUGGGGAUGUGAGUCCUGGACUACAUGGAAUAAAGGAGACAAAGUAGCCAUCCUUCAAAAGGGCACAGCUCCUCCUGACUGCCCAACUAAAACCUGUAACCCAGUUAAUUUCACCAUUUACAACACAAAUGAACCCAGAUGGAAGGAGGGCUUUAUGAUUGGCAUACGCAUACAUGGGUGGGGUACUGACCCUGGAAUUCUGUUAUACUUCCAAAGGGUUACAGUCACACUCCAAACUGCCUCUCACCAGAUCGUUCAUUCAUUUUAUGAGAAAGGAAACACCCUACCACCAAUUUUUGUCAAAACUAAGAACUCAUUCUUAGCCUUAGCAGUAACCACUGCACAAAACUUAAAGGUCUCUUCUUGCUAUGUAUGUGGGGGAACAAAUAUGGGAGACCAAUGGCAUUGUCAGGCUAUAGAAUUAGAACUAUUGGAGCUUUACAAUGAGACCAGGCACCCCCAAUGUCUUGAUGGAAUACGGUUCCUCAAAACUUCCAUCAUAGGCAGAAACUGCCUUGCCAAAAAAGAAAAGCAAUGCAAUGUUCCUGUUGGGAGACUAAUAUGUUUAGGCCACAGGUACUAUAAUGUGACAACUCUGAAAACCCAAUCCUGGGGUUCCUCAAAAUACAGGGAGCCUAAUCCUAACUCCCUCCCUAAUUCCUCUCACGUCCUACAGGCAUGGGGUAAUGUCGGUACCAGACUCCAAUGCCAAGCCUCAAAAGGAUCAUAUUAGAUAUGUAGAAAGAUGGCCUAUUCUGUGCUUCCUCCUAACUGGUCUGGGGCAUGUGUAUUAGGGACAAUAUGACCAUGUUUCUUCUUGCUCCCAUUAUCAAAAAAGGAACAAUUGGGAAUCCCUAUAUGUAAAACACAGGGCACUGAGAAAAACCAAAGAGACGUACAGAUUGGUGAUUGGAAGGAUGAUAAGUGACUCCCAGAAUGCAGUAUUCAGUACUAUGGACCUGCUACUUGGGCAGAAGAUGGGUCUAGGGAAUAUUGUACCCCUAUCUAUAUGAUAAAUUGCAUUAUAAGGUUACAGGCACUUUUGGAGAUUAUAACAAAUGAAUCCAAAGAGGCUCUCAAUAUGUUGGCUCAAAAACAAACUAAGAUGUGGAAUGCCCUUUACCAGAACCCUUUGGCCUUGAACUACUUACUUGCCUCUGAGGGAGGAGUCUGUGAAAAAUUCAACUUGAGUAAUUGCUGCUUACAAAUAGAUGGCCAGGGAAAGUUAUAAAAGAGAUCACAGAUCAUAUGGUAAAAAUUGCCCACGUGCCUGUACAGACAUGAAAAGGAUGAGACUCAGCCACUUCAGAGGCUGGUCCUCUUGGAUAGGUAGAAUUAAGACAAUGAUUGAUGAUCAUGGUUAUGUGAUGACGGCCAUAUUUAUUGGGUGCUUGCAUAUUCCUUGCCUCCUGCCCCUCCUAAUCUGUGGUAUAAGAGGUUUUAUAGAGACAGUGAAAGUUAAAAACAGACAGUUUCUCAUCUAUUGCUUAUGAGAGGAUCCCAUCACAUGAAAAAAAAAAAAGAUGCUUCCUGAAGGCUGCAGAUGCAUUCUGAGCAUCAAGGGCAGGGGAUGAAGCAGCAACUCCUUCCUAAGAUGUUUCUUUUUCCUUUUUAUCUCUGUUAAUAACUGCAACCUGCUAGUUUCAGCUUCUGUAAUCAUGCUUGCUUAGCAGCUGUGGCAGGAACCAGAGCUGCCAGAAAGAGAAGGGAUCAAGUCUACUUCUACAAGAAAGUCUUAAAACCCAGAAGUCUGUACUGUGUAAAAGACACUGAGAACAAAGGGCUGUGCUCAGCUUUAGAAGAGGCCUCCACCGAGUCUGCACCACUCCUGAAUAAACCUUGCUCUUCUGCAACUCCAA